AUGGGAGCUGAUGGAGGAACUAUUCCAAAAAGGUAAGAGUUUAAGACUAUUUUUCCCAUCCUUAUUUUUAUAAUUUUUAGAUGUGAAUUGGUGAAAAAGCGAACGAAAAAGGAGAAAAUCGACAAACACGUCAAAAAUGCGACAAAAUGGAGAAAUUGUCAAUUGACACAAUUGCCAUUGAAAAAGCCUGUAAUAGCUUGUCGAUUGGGAAAAUUAUACAACAAGGAAGAUGUGAUCAAUGCGAUUCUCAAUAAAACAAUCGCCAAAUCACUUUCAGCUUCGCAUAUCAAAGGAACCAAGGAUUUUGUUGAAUUAAAAUUGGCUGAAAAUAAGGAUUUCAAGAAGGAUAAUGUGAAAGGGGAUGAAUACGAUGAUGUAAAUCAAACCGAAUUUCUUUGUCCAAUCACAAAUUCACCAAUGAAUGGAAUGCAUUCAUUCCUUGUUAAUUGGCUUUGUGGUUGUGUAUAUUCAGAAAAAGCUCAACAAGAAGUCAAAUCUGUAAAUUGCCAUGUUUGCGGAGGACCUUAUGAUGCAACAAAAAUCGUGAUUUUAAAUCCAGAUGAUUCACAAUUAGAAUUAUAUAAAUUGAAACUUGAAGCUGAAAGAGCAGAAAAGAAAGCUGCGAAAUCAGCGAAAAAAGCCGAGGCAGCCUCAGUUUCAGCUUCUAGUUCUGCUGAGCCUUCAACAUCCACAGAUGUUCAAAUCGAGAAAAAGAAGAACAAAGAUAAGAAGAUCGUACCUGAAGGUUUGAAGAAAGCAGAAAAACGAAAAAUCGAUAUUCAAUCGGAUCCAACAAAAUCAGACACUUAUAAGAAGUUAUUCACAUCUUGUGAGGACGCGAAAAAGAAAACCGAAGGACAUUGGGUCACUUACAAUCCAUUGUAUUAUUGAAAAGAUCUCUUUUUGUAUAUACCGUGUUUUGCUGAAAAAUAUAAUAAACAUAUCUUGAAAAUCCAAAUUGUUUCUUUGAAAAAACUUUGGUAACAAACCGCUUUUUUAUUUUGAAUGAAUUGAACACUAAAAAUUUCCAAUUUUGCAGAAAAUGUUAUCAGUUCCUCUGCGAACUGGUUCUCGGGGAGCUGUUCGUUUAGCAAUAGCUGGACGGACUUCGAAUAUUUCCGGAAUUCAAAUUCAACACCGAUUCAUUUCAUCAGCAGAUAUUUUCAAAAUUUCGGAAAGUGUUGGCGCUUCCAAUUUGCCACCACUUCCAACACCACCGCCACCAGCAUUAUCGCUGGAAGAAAUUGUGGCGGUUAGUUUUUUUGGCAAAAAGAUGGGAUUGUAGAAUUGUGAAGUAACUUUUCGAGUUGAAAGAGCAUCCAAAAAAGUGUUAGAAAAUAAUUAGUCCAAAUUCCCCCAAAAAUUAAAAAAAAUUAAAUUGAAAAAAGCUCAAAAUGUGUGAUUUUUGAAGUCUGGACAAUCGUAGAUCGGGAAUUUUCCAAUUUUUGAGCCCUUGUCUAAUAAAAUCCACGUUUUUGGGCCCGGACAAGCUUUUCUCCAGUCUAGACAAGCUUGGGUUCGACAAAUUUUUUAAAAACAUCUAUCAGGGAUUUGCUGUUUUUUUAACCCAGAAAAGCCUAGGCCCAAGAAUUUGCGAUUUUUAAACCUGAAUAGGCUUAGGAUUACUGUAGCUCGAAAUUUUGGGCUAAAAUCAUCUGGAAAAGCUGAAAACUUGAGAUUUUCAAUAAUUUCAAAUUAAAAAUUUAGGAGUUCAAUAAUUUUUCCAAGACUAAAAAACCCACGUGGCAAAAAACCAAUUUUUUCCAGAAUGGCGGUUCAGUUUUAGAAGAACUCGGAUUAUGGUCAUGGUAUAAACCAAGUUCAUAUUUUCGAUAUGCUUUGGAAGGAAUUCACAAUGUUGUAGAUAUUCCAUGGUGGACAACUAUUGUUGUUGGUAAGUAAUAAGCUAUAAUUUGAACCUGAAAAUUACAACAGUUUUUUUAAAGCUACCGUUGCUCUUCGUCUUUUGCUGAUUGGAGUUCCAAUUAUGUCACAAAAACUUGUUGCUCGACAAUCGAUGUAUAGAAAAGAAAUGAAUGAAUUUAGAGAUCGAAUUGAUGAAGCGAGAAAAGAGAAUAAUCAAUUAUUACGUGAGUCUAGGAGAUUACUGGGUCUCCAGGCUCAUUUGGAUAUCUGGACGCGAAUCCUAGUUGAUUACGUUCUUUGAGCACAGCUCUAUAAAUUCAUGGUAGAAUCUCGAUAAAAAACUAUUCCAUCUUGUAGAGAAACUUUGUAUUCAGAUAUUUGCAAAGUCUCGAGAUUCACUUCAAAGUUCGUCUGAAGAAGCAGAAAAGUUUCGAAAUAAAGCGUGAAAAAAAGCGAAAUAGUGUUUAAACACUUCUUUCAAUUGAAAGAGAAUCAAUUUGAUUAGAAUCGAAGUGAAUUUUAGAAAAAUUUUGAAACGUAUUUUUUUGGAAAAUUUUUUAUUAGUUUUUGUUUGUAGAGAAUUAUACAAAAAUCUUAGUUUUUGCUUGCUGUAGAAGUUUCAAUCUGUAUUUUUCAAAAAACGCUGAAAAAAUAACAAUUGUUUUUCUCAGAACAACAAAUUCUGUUGGAACAACGCGAUUUCUUACGCUCAAAAGAUAUUCGAUUAGGACGACAAUUUGGAGUUAUGUUGGCAAAUGGUGGUGUUUUUGCAACACAAUUCUUUGCGGUUAAGAAAAUGAUUGCUGUAAGUUCUGAAAUUCUUCUCAAUAGGUUAUAAGUAUUUUCAAAACAAUUUUUUACAGGUGAAUUAUCCGGGUCUUGCAACUGGUGGAACACUUUGGUUCACCGAUUUGACUGCUUGUGAUCCUUAUUAUGCACUUCCAUUUAUUUCAGCCGCUACGAUGGCAUUGGUUACGAAGGUUUGUGAAGUUUCACGGUGUUUUGGGAGAGUUGGAAUUUUUAGCAAAGUUUUAAUUUGCUAUUUAUUGAGCCUGAACAAGAUUAGAUUCAAAAUUUAGGAUUUUUCGAGCCAUCGGCUAGAAAAUCCACGUUUUCACAACGUAGAUAAGCCAACCUCCCAAAAAUUUUUGAUUUUUUAAGUCUCAGAUCUAAAAAUUUCUAUUUUGAGCCGAUGCUCGAAAUAUCCAUGUUUCUGAGUCCUUCCAAGUCCAGGAUCUUUUUUUGGUGUGGAAUUUUGGACUUUUUGAACCUAAACACGCUUAGGAUUACUGUAGCUCAAGAUUCUGGGCCUAAAAAUCUCGGAAAAAUUGAUAUAACACAUUUUUUGAAAACCCGAAUAAUUAAAUGUUGAACCUGUUUGAAGCUGAUUUUUUUUGAGAAUUUUGAGAAGUUCUAUAAUUUCAGAUUUAAAGUUUCAAAUUUCAAUAAUUUUUCAAGCCUCUACGUGGCAAAAAGUUUAGCUGAAAAACGGGUAGCUUUCAAUUUUUUGAAGUGUUAUUGUUAGGUGUAAAGUCUGAAAAAAAACAUAUGAAAAAUUAAUUUUAAUUGAAUGUAGAACUGAAAAAUCCACGUGGCAGUGAUGUUUGAAAAUGUUGGUUACAUGAAAAUUUAUUUUUAAUUUCAGGUCGGAAUUGAAAUGGGAACAACAUCAGAUCAAAUGCCUCCAAUAAUGCGAGCUGGUAUGCAAUAUGGUCUUCCUGUUGUCAUUUUCAUUGCUUCUUCUCAAUUUGCAACGGGUCUUUGUGUUUAUUGGUGUGCUUCGAAUAUGGUUUCUUUGGUUUAUGCUGGGCUUUUCAAAAUUCCAGUUGUUCGAAAAGCUUUGGGUAUUCCGAAAGUUGUUCCAGCUCCAGUUGUUCCGGGACAAACAAGUGCUAUUUCGCAAGUUUUGAAAAGUUAUAAAGGUAAGCAUUUGGCUGAUGUUUUGUAAAAUUUUCUGCCGAAAAAUUACCACGUGGCGAAAUAUGAUGUUUUUCUUUCUGUAGAUUUUUGUUUCCAAAAAUUUGGAUAGAUCUCAAUUAUUAAACUUGAAAAUUCCACGUGGCAGAAAAUCUUUAGGUUCCAUUUUUUUUGUUGGAAAAACUGGAAGUUCAGCUCGAAAUUCAGCUGAAUGUCAAAUGCUUUGAUACGUAUCUUUGCCUUCAGAAAAUUACCCUAAAAAAUUACCCACUCGAUAUUUCAAUCCUAAUUUUUUCCAUUUUCAGAUAAUAAAUCAAUUCCUCCAUCAUUGUCUGAUCUUCGAAAACGAGAUGCGACCACUUUCAAAAAAGCUGGAAGAGGAAAACCGAUCACAUAA